AUGGGAAGUGCGUCAACACCAACGACAACGCGUGUCGCCGCAGCUCAAUAUGAGCCAGAAUGGCUGGACCUACAGGCAUCAGUGAAGAAGACGUGUGCGAUCAUCGACGAAGCAGGCAAGAUGGGUGUCAAGAUUCUGGGAUUUUCAGAGCUUUUCAUCCCGGGAUAUCCUGCUUGGGUCUGGGAUCGACCAGUAGAUCCGGUCCUGUCAACCAAGUAUAUUCAGAACUCGCUCGCCGUAGACUCGAGCGAGAUGCGCAUGAUACAAGCGUGCGCAAAGAAGAACAACGUCGUGGUUGCGCUGGGCUUCUCGGAGAACGACCACAACUCGGUAUACAUUGCUCAAGCGAUCAUUGAUUGCGACGGGAAACUCCUGAUGACCCGCCGCAAGUUCAAACCGACGCACAUGGAAAGAACGAUCUUCGGCGACGCCUCUGGAAACAGCCUGAUGAAUGUCGUCUCCACGCAAGCUGGCAAACGCGUCGGGUCGCUUGCCUGCUGGGAACAUACUCAGCCAUUGCUCAAGUAUCAUACUGCCACCCAGAGAGAGGACAUCCACUGUGCAGGUUGGCCGCCGCUGUCGCCUCAUGGAGGACCAGAGUUGUGGUCCUUGUCCCAAGAAGGUUGUCUGAAUCUAUCGCGAACAUAUGCCAUUGAGACGCAGACUUUUGUUCUCCAUGCGACCACAGUUCUUGGGCAGAAGGGUAUCGAUGCAAUGGGAACUAGAUCGGCCAUGCUCAUGAACAGCCCGGACGGUGGAUACUCGGCUGUCAUCGGACCUGAUGGUCGCAUGUUGUCGGAGCCUCUCGAGCCGACUACUGAAGGGCUGGUAGUUGUGGACGUUGAUCCCAGUAUGUCCAUCAUGGCACGCAGCUUCCUGGAUAUUUGCGGUCACUACAGUCGACCUGACUUGUUAUGGCUCGGUUGUGAUACGAGGGAACGAAAGCACAAGGUUGAAACUCAGACUCUGCAGUCAGAAGAGAAGGUCGUGGAGCAAUGA